AUGAUUCGAAGAGUGCAGCGAGGCGAAUUGUUUUUCCAGCACCGAGGGGCCGAAGUCAAAGCUUGUUUUUCUUUCUCUUCUGCCAUUGCCACUACCAAAACCCCAGCAGUAUUAUCAAAAGCUACUCCCUCCGCAUCAACUCAGACCAGUAUUCCUGUUUCUGUUAACGAUAAUAAUAAUAUUAUUCAUGCUAUCGGUACUGCUAUCGGUACUGUCAUUGAUAAUGUUGAGAAUUUAACCUCGUGUGAGGAUUGGCCGAGUUUCCCCUAUGGAAUCCAUGGCGUUGUGUUCGAUGUUGUUAUCCAAGCAUAUACAGAGAUGUUAGGAAAAGCAUUGGAAUCAGUUAGUAAAUAA